AUGAUAAAAUUUGAUCUUGCUAUAAACUCUUCAGAUUCUAAAUGGAUGAGUACAAGGUUAAUGUUGGUGGUAGAAUUUUCAAUUUGUCUAUUGAUAGAAUCUCAAGAUGAAAAUGAAAUCUUUUUUGAUCGUGAUCCGGAUGUAUUCGAGUUUAUAGCAAAAUAUCUUAGAGGAUAUAACAUCUUUCCAUUAACAAAAGAAGAUUUACCUGUGGGUUGGAAUCUGCUUAAUUUUAUACAAUGCUUAACGCAAGAUGCGUGUUUUUUCAAACUUAGAGGACUUUUCAUUUCCAUUCGUCCAUUUUAUUACUUUGGUAUGAGCCCCUCUGCCAUAGACAUUUUUUCUCGUGAAGAAAAGAUAGUUGUCAAUUUGCAAAAAGUCGAUCCCACCAACUUUCAUAUUGAAAAUGAUAAUGUCAUGCACAUUGUUCAAGGUCAACCCGUUAAAGCAGAAUUUUUUACUGGGAAUUUGGCUUGGGAUUUGAUUUCAGAUAAUAAUUGGGAAUUUAAAUUUCUCAAUAACUUGGAUAAUGUGAUGGUUAAGAGAAUCUCCAAAGAGAUUCGACCUCAGGCUAAUCCAGAUGUUGAAUAUUAUCCUGGUGAAUCGGAUGGGGCUUUUUUUUCCAUUGAUGAUAUUGAGAUGAAUGGAAGUAAUGUUUAUGAUCAUACUGUGGAAAGAUCUUUUCCGCUUCAACAAACGAAUCGACCUUUUUCUUGUGUAAGAAUAUGGUUAAAAAAUGCCUAUAUGGGGUAUCGGGCUUACACAAAUUUAUCACAAGUCUUUGAAGUAUGCAAAGUUUUUCUAAUUGGUAGGUCUCUUAUUAUAGUAUGA